AACAGAGAAAACGCUUACCAGCACGAAUCUUGAAGCGUAUCGUACGGCGUCCGCAAGUUUCGACGUCCAACCGCUCAAGCCCUAACCAAAUAAGCCCUUGGACCGCCGGCGCGGCGCCGCCUCUUGCUCCCGUCGGCUUCUCCCCGUCGCUCGCGCCUCGCGCCGUUCUCUUCUUGCCAGCCUGGCCGCCCGACGCGCCACCGCCAUGCCGAAGAAAGGAGGGGCGGCGAAGAAAGCGGCGGGCGGCGGCGAGCUGUCCCGCUUCCUGCAGUCGCAUCUCCAGACCAUCAACGACACCUUCCAGAUGAUGGCGGAGGCGGCUCCGGGGGGCGGCUUGGAGCGGACGGAGUGGUCUGAGGUCGUUAAGCUCGGCGACCAGAUCUCCAGGCAGGCCACCGUCGCUGGAAUGCUCUGGAGCGGAGACUUGCCUGAUGUAGAGACACUAAAGGAGAACAUUGUCGCAUAUUUCAACAUCCUACAGGGUUUUCUUUUGGUUUGCCACGGAAGCACGAUUGGUUCUGGGCCUACUCUUCACAAGUCUAUCUGUAGUUCUGCAAAGAACGUGGUAGACUCCAGCUUCUCAUUGUUCAAGCAAGCUGUUUCUGCUUAUGAAUCUCGCAGCCCUGACCGAAAGACAACUAUACCUCAGGUAACAGGAACUGUAUGGGAAGCAUGUGUUGCACUCAAGAAGGUGCCUACAUCGAACUGCAUCGCCAUAGGACGAGCCAUGACCCAGAUAGGCGUGUAUCUAAAGGAUGUCCUCCGGGAGAUGAAGGAACUCCCCAUUGGUGAUGCUGGUGAUAGUACAGCUGAAAAGUCUUCCAACGGUGUUGUUGAUACCAUGAGUUGUUCUGAUAGAGAUGAGACAUCAUCUGAUCUUGAUCUGGAUGAUGAUUUCACUGAAGAGGAGGUUGCUGUUGCCAAGUUGGUUGUCACUGUGGCAUCUGAUUCACUGGUUGUUGUGAAGGAGUCAAUUCGUUUUAUUACUGGUUUGCUUAAGAGCUCAGGUAACUGGAGCGGGGCUAAUGAGGACAAGGUUGAGCCAAUGGAAAAACUGCUGAGUUAUUGCAGGGAGAUUGCCGACCAGGUUAACGAUCUUGGGGCUUCCGUAUAUCCACCACAAGACACAUCUCAAAUGAAGCUCACUGUAAAACGACUGUAUGAAGGCAUCAAUGGGAUGCGCAAGGAAAUAGGGCACCUUGGUGGCUCAUCUGCGAGCGCAUUUGCAGCCCUUGAAGGAUUUGAGAAGUGCCUUGGAUCUCUGGAGGCUGAGUUAGCUGAUGAUGUGGGGAACGAGAUGGAAAAUCUUUCGAUUAGGCAUUAGCUCGUCCUGAUUGUCAGAAAAUGUUUGGAUUUGUCAUAGCAAUAUUAUAGCCUGUCUUUUGAUCUUGGCAGUGGAUGAAGCUUGUGUUGUUGAAGUAAACGAGGCACGCAUUUUUUUUUUUUAAUCUUAUACUUCCAAUUGUAAAGUAUGAAGGAGGUCCGGUUUGCUGCAACCUCUCUAGUCGGCGAAGCCACUGUUACGGUUUACCAAAUAUGCUAUUAGAUUAUUUUGCAUUA